AUUAAGAUACCCACACAUUCUAUGCUUUCUUCCUCCCUUCUCCUUCUCCUUCUCCUUCUCCUUCUCCAUCAGUCCCUUUCUCUCUUUGCUCUCUAAACAUGGUGAUCUUGGCAUGCUUGUUCAUCUGAAUGUGAUUUGAACUGUUGUAGCUGCUGCUUGUGAUUGGAAAUUUUUCAAAGGUUGAAGUUUAGGUUCCAUCCUGUAAGGAUUAGGGGAAGUGCUUACAAUGCAGAGCACCAUGAGCUUGAAGAAAAAUGGAGGAGUUGGACAAAUUUGUGUUUUGCAGCAGCCUCAGGCUCCUGUUAUGCCCUGGUGGGUCGGGUCUCCGGCCGUUUACGGGGAGUCUUUUGGGCAAUUGAAGCCUUUUUCUGUGGACCAGUCGAAUGGAGUGAGCCCCGUGCCGGUUACUAUUGGACAAAUGCAUCACUCUGCAGACCAGAGGUUAGGGCCCGAGCCGGCAAUCCAAGAGAAAGGGAGUAAUGGUAUAACGAAGUUCACAAUCUUUCCUGACAAUAAAGAUUUGGCAGGUGGGCAGAAAACUCAGCAGCUUUCCCCUGGCAUCACUGUACCACCUGAGUCUCAAGGUUGUUUUGAGCUGGGACUUGGCCAGCCUAUGGUUUAUUCCAAUUACCCUUACGCUGAUCAGUGCUAUGGGUUGUUUGCACCUUAUGCAGCUCAAACAGCGGGCCGAAUGCUUCUACCAGUCAAUGUGGCAGACAACAGGCUGAUAUACGUAAAUUCCAAACAGUAUCACGGAAUUAUGCGGCGGCGCCAAGCUCGGGCCAAGGCAGAGAUGGCGAACAAAUUGAUCAAAGUUCGGAAGCCGUAUAUGCACGAGUCACGCCAUCUUCAUGCUAUGCGCCGGGCAAGAGGGAGCGGUGGUCGCUUCCUGAACACCAAAAAGGUUACCAAUGUACAAGGUGGGAGCGCCGGGAAUACCAAGGCCAAAGUGGCCAAAGUGGCCAAACCUCCCACUCCCCCUGCCGGGUCACCGAGCUCUGAGGUUCUGCCAUCCGAUGAUAGCAGGAAUCUGAAUUCUGCAACUGGUGCAUCCAGCUGGUCUGGAUCAGAGGUGACGAGCAUUUACUCCCGUGAAGAAGUUUUCAAUCGUCUUAACAUCAUCGAUCACCUUCAUCGACCGGCUUUCCACCCGCUUUCACUUGUGAUGGACGGAGAGCACAAUGCAGGUAUUUCCGCAAAAUGGGCCACGGCAACUAAUGGUUGUUGUGACCUACUCAAGGUUUGACAGCAGUGGUACUUGGUGGGAAGGUGGGUGGCUUCGGCUUCUACGGGCAACGCCGCAGCCUAUAGGAACCUUCCCUCCAAGGCACAACCUAGUGAUGAAAGAACAAGCAACCUUAGAGUGUUCUUAUCAUUUGGUUGUGUGCUGCAGGCAACUCAUUCUUGGCUUUGGUGCAUCUAGGUCCAUCUGAUCUGAACCUUGAAGUCUUACAAGAUUCAGGGUAGUUCUGGUGGCCUCAUGCACUGAAAAUCAAAAACCUUAAUACUAUGGAGAAGGGGUACCCUUCUGUAUGGUAUGUCAGGUAUCUUAUCAUGAAGAAUAAGAACCAAAACAAUGUAAUGGUGGUGAGUUUAUGUCUUGUGACCAAAUGACACAUGAUUUUGGACACAAGUUUGUUUGCUUUGGUUUUCUGGUGUGUUUGGUCCAGUGCUGGAUGGACUUGUAAUUUAUGUGCUUUGUUUCUCUAUGAAAUCUUCUUGUGUUUGGAUUGCUUUUUAA